CUAACAGACAGCACGCACGGUGCAGAGAGACAGACGGAGGCUUUUUAGGUGAGAAAUCUCGGAAAAGAAACAACCAGGAAGUGCCGACUGAAUACUUAAACUUCCGACGGGCUGGGUCUGAACUCUCUGGAAGUGAAAUGAUCUGAUCUGAAAGCUCCCCAGCUCAAAGUGAAGCUGCGUUGUGCGUCUCAUCGUGCGCUCUCACGGCGGAUUCAGGGCUCCAAUGCCCAAAGAGUGCAGGAGGAAGACUUCCAAGGACCUCGGGCUCCCUGGGACUGUUGUAAACAUCGAAGGGUCUCGUUUAGAGCGAAGACCAGCCGGGAAGUCAACCAAGAUCUGCGAUGAGCUCAUUGAGAAAGCCGCUCAACUUGCCCCUUCGUCUGCAAGUGGUGCGCCGACGGUGAUGGACGAGCGCCGGGUACCACAGGUCACCAUCACCCCGGAGGGAGGCGGCUCCUCCCGAGAAAUGCAGCAGGAGGACUGGGAUGAUGCAGUGGACGGCAGCCUGCGCAGGAAACUGUCCAACUCUUCCAUCUCCUCUACAGGCUCCUCUGUAGUGGAGUCCGAGGAUGACUUACUGAGUGACAACGAGAGCAAAAGUAAAGGCAUCGUCACUUUGGAGCAUCUGGUGGACACUGGAGAGAGCAAGCCAUGGUGGAAGUUAAAGACACUCGUCCACUGGCCCUUCAGUGCUACGCAGAGGAGAAAACUAAACUGGGUGCAGCUUGCCGGGCAUAAAGGUAACUUCAAAGCGGCAGAUGAGGGCACUAUUCUGAAGAAGUUCUCAGAAAAUGAGAUGCAGUGUUUUGAGAAGCUGAAGGGUGACGCACUGCUCUCAUUUGUACCUGGUUACCAUGGUGUUGUGGAGAAAGACGGAGAGUCUUUCCUUCAUAUGACUGACCUGUUAGCGAAUUUUGACCUUCCCAGUGUCAUGGACUGCAAGAUGGGAAUAAGGACCUACUUGGAGGAGGAGCUGGUGCGAGCGCGGGAACGGCCCAAGCCGAGAGAGGACCUGUACAAAAAGAUGGUGGAGGUAGACAGCGAAGGGCCGACUCCCCAGGAACAUUCCCAAUGUGGCGUCACCAAACCUCGCUACAUGCAGUGGAGGGAGUCAAUGAGCUCCACCAAUACCCUGGGAUUCAGGAUAGAAGGGAUCAAGAAAUGUGACGGCACAUGUCGAACUGACUUCAAGAAAACCAGAUCAAAGCAGGAUGUCAUCCUGGUGUUCAGAGACUUUGUUGGAGGGAACUUCAACAUCAUAAAGUCCUACCUGAGGAGACUGACAGAGAUCCAGCAGGCCUUGAAAAUGUCAGAGUUCUUCAAGCAACAUGAGGUCAUUGGCAGCUCUCUCCUUUUCAUCCAUGACCACACUGGCAAUGCACAGGUCUGGAUUAUUGACUUUGGCAAGACCACGGCAUUACCAGAGGGCCAGACGUUAAACCAUGAUAUUCCCUGGCAGGAGGGCAAUCGGGAAGACGGUUACCUGUGGGGGCUGGAGAACCUCAUCCACACACUGAAAUCUGUAAGCAGUGAAGGGAGCAGCGAAGAAACUUUUUGCUCAGUUAGUAUUAGCCAAAGUACGGAAACAGAUGGUCAGUGACCUUUGACUUGUAGAUACGUGAAAGGAACUCAGACUAUUUUAAUGGACACCACAGAAAGGUUUCACAUAUGCUUUGGGUGCUCUGUGAGCAAUGUUAAAAAGAGGUUUUGUGUAGUUCAAAAAGAGCUCCAUGAAGCUAACAAAGUGAACAGAACCCAGAGUUUUGGUUUUACCGUUUCAAGCCACAAGUGAAAAUAUCUGAUACUGAACUGAAAUAAUGGACACUGAACAGAGAGGAGCCCGCUAGUUACUGAAUGACUGAGCAAAUUAACUGACACUAAUUCAACUUCCUGUAAAAUGAGAAGAAGUGAAAGUGUAGGGAUUCUGCAUUUCAGUUUCAGGGAUGAGAUGUAACGUGAAGGAAACGCCCAUGAAAUCUGAAUUAAAACAAGGAAAAAAUGAGCAAUUACAAAUCACAGCUUGCAACACUCAAGCUUGUUACAUCUGUGAGUAUAGUAAAGUUUCUGUUCAGUAUGAAACUGACUGGCUCACACCCCUGUCACAGUACUACAACAUGAAACACACUGUUAUUAUAGUUCUCUAUACUGCAUAACUAUUCGAGUCGAUCAUCCAUGUCGCUGUUUUGACAAACUGUCUUUCACUGUAUAUCAAUUUGUAUUUUGUUCACUGAUUUUAUUCCUUUAAUCAAACAUAUGUAGUGAUUUCGUGUGCUGUGGUAAAACUUAUUGGAUAUAGAUGCUGCUCUGUUUGUUAGAGUACAUUUAUUUGGACUGGUUCAUAAUUGUAGCUCAGAAGCAACAUGUCAGAGGUGUUGUGCAAAUGACAUGAAUGAAAAUAUGUGUGGAAUUAAAAAUGGAAAAAAUG